GAUCCGAAAGAAAUAGAAUCUACAGUUACCGAAAUGGACGAAAAAGAAUUGGAAUUAGCUUCUAAGGAAAAACUUUUUCCGAAAAAUUUUGAUCAAGCUGAUUUCAGUAACAAACCACUUGCAGAAGUUACUAAUCUUUUGAUUCAACAAGACAUAAAAAUACAUGAAAAAAUAAUGCCAAUUCAGGAGCAGCUUAUACAAGACAAUAUCAUUAAAAUUGAAACAAAUUCAGUAUUAUUAAAGAACAAUCAAGACAAAAAAUAUCAUCGGUUGAUAGAAGAAAAUAUUACUAACGCAACUAUGAAAAGUUCUACUUCUUUAAGUAAUUUUUCAACUGAAUUUCAAAAAUGUCAUGAAUCUAUUGAUAUAAUUCUACAAGAAAAAAACCUUCAUAAAUCUUUUUCCUGUAAUGAUAUUAGAUCAUCUUUGUCAACAUUAUCUGACACAUCAUUAUAUACACCUCCAGAUGUAAUUAUUAAUAAUAAUGUAGAAGCUAUAAAACCAAAUACAUGUAAAAAGAUAAAAACUAUAUGCAAUGAUGAAGAAGAAACACUUUUUAGCACUAAACUAUAUAUGGAGACACAUGAAACAAAGUCAUUGGAAGAAACUGUUAAUAUAGAAACACACAACAACUCUGAAAUUAAAAAUAAUAUUAAAGAAAUAGAAGAUGUAGUAUGUCAUUCCAAUGUAGAUGAAAAAUUAAUAGUUAAUAGUAAUCAGGUACAAGUUCUAACAAAUUCAAUUAAAUGUGAGAAGGAUUUUAGCACUGAACAAAAAUCAUGUGAAACUACCAAGAACAUUAAGCCACAGAGUAAUGUAAUGUCAAGACCAACUUUGGUUGAUGAUAGCAGAUUAGUGAAAAUUUCACUGCCAACAAAUCCAAUUAAUAUAAUGCAAUCAAAUGCUCAGUUUUUAAAUAAAAGUCGCAAUUUUUUCAACUUUAUUACAGAAAAGUCGACAAAUAUCAUGGAGAAAACAUUGUUACCACAACAUUUAACAAUGAAAUAUAAUUCAGUUGUGAAGUCUGUAGAUAAUACUUAUAAUGAGGCACAAUAUACAGAAGAAACUUCUAACAUAGAAUCUUCUUUAACACAACCAGUACUUAACAAUUCAACAGAUUCAUUUACAAAAGUAAAACAUAUUUCUUAUGUAACAAAAGGUGAAAUGGAUGUACAUAUUGCAAAAAAUGAAUGUAUAAAAAAUGAAGAAAAAAGAAAUACUUCCAUGAGAAAUUCAAAUGAAAUCAUGCAUGGAAGUGUUGAAAAAAAUAAAAACUAUUUAUUAAGGAAUGAUAAUACAUUUGUUGAAAAUAAUGAUACUAACUUUCCUCUUAAAUUAAAGGAUUCAGAACAAACUAAAUCUUACUCUGUCAAUAAUGUUAAUAAAACAGCUAACAAUACAGAUAUACUUCAUACAGAAACAAAUAGUAAUUAUGAUAUUAAUUCUAUGGUAUUACAUUCUGAGAACAAUAAUUCUCAGGAACAUAUAUAUGAUGAUAUAUAUUCUAAAGAAGAUGAAAAUGUUGAUUUUGAAGAAUCAAAACAAAGUUUAUUACAACAUCCAGCUUAUCUUGUUUUAUUAAAAGACUAUGCAGAUUUAAAAUCUAAGCAUUUAAAGUUACAAGAAAAAGUUGAACAUUUUGUAGAGAGGAAUCGAAUUUUGGAAGCAGAAAACAAAGGAGAAAUCUUUUCUGUACAAAUCGAAACAUUAGAGAAAACAAUAAACAGACUUACGUUCGAAUUACAUACAUCGCUAGAAGCACAAGAAAUAUAUAAAAAAGAAUACAAUGCUGCAAAUAAAGAGAGGGAAAGUAUGGUAAUGAAAUAUGCUGUUAGUGAAAAACAACUUAUUGAUACACAAAGAGCAAAGGAAUGUGCAGAACGUAAAGUAAAAGAAAUGACUACGCAACAAGAAGCACUUCAAAGUAAAUUACGAGAAAUGCAAGGAGAACGAAAUAGAAUAUGUAAUAUUUUAAGCGGGAAACAUCGUGAAAUAACUGAUCUCCAGAAAGAAGUCGAUAAAUUAAAGGAAGAUGUUAAAAUGAGAGAUAUAAAGUUGCAAUGGACUCAAAACAAACUUAAAACAGAAAUAGAUUUACAAAAGGAAACUCAACAAAAAUUAGAUAAAGCUAUGACUAAGAUCAAUGAAAUGAAGGAAGAAUGUGAGCAGGUGCGCAAAGAAACACAAGAAACAAUGCGAAAAUUUCAACAAUCCGAAGAAAAUAAAGCAGUUACAUUGGAUCAACAAUUAAAAGAACAACAAGCUCGUUUAAUUUUAGAAAGACACGUUACAGAAGAUAAAGAGAUGUUGAGGAUUCAAUUACAGAAGGAAGUAGAUACAUUAAAGCACAGGCAACAAGUUUUAAUUGAAGAAAAUAACACUCUUAGUUUAAAAAUACAAGAUGUUGAAAGAGAUCGUGUAAGUUAUGAAAGUAAUCUGAAUAAUUUGAAAAUUAUAAUAGAUCAACGUCAAAAAGAAAUUGCAGAGUUGCUCAGUAAAGUAUCUGAAUUAGAAACAUUGAGGAUUCAGCUUCAACAUAAAAAUCAGUACUUAUCAUCGACUGAAGCAGAAAUUCAACAUUUACGUUCGGCUAAUGAAGAAUUACAGGCUGAUAUGUUUGCAUGUCGUCAGAAGGAAGCAGAAAUGCUAGAUUUUACGCAAAAAUUGACUGAUAAAAAUGUACGAUUACAAUCUGACUUCACAGCUAUUCAAGCUAAAACAAAACAAUUAGAACAAGAACAUGGACCAUUACAUAACCGUAUAAGUGAAUUAAUUACUAAACUAAAAACAUUGGAAGAAAGCCUUGCUCAAGAACGAAAAACAAGAAUCGACGAAUGUGAAAUUUUAACCAGGCAUCUUGCUGAACAAACUCAGAUAGUACAAAAUCUUACCCAGCAGUUAGAAGAUAGUCAAGGGGAAAAUGCAGUAUUAAAAAGAAAACACCAAAUAAGUAUGAAAGAAAUGACGCGCGAACUACAACAGUGCCGGAAAAAAUUUGAAACGUUAAAAACAUCAGUACCUUAUAAUUCAUUGGAUGCUGCAUCCAAGAAUGGAUCAAAUAUGUCAUUGAAUACAGCAGAUACUUUAAAUGGUGCCUUAUCCGAUAACAGUACUAAUGGUGACCAAAGUAUUCAGCCUACAGAACCUAGUAGACAAUUAUUAAUAGAUCGCAUUAUUAAGUUACAAGAGAAUAAUGCUAGAAAAGCAGAAAAACUAGAUUUUUUCGAGGAACAUACACGAAUCUUAGUUGAAGAAUUACAGAAGAAAAAGAAAAUCAUACAAAAUUAUAUUUUGCAUGAAAGUAUUGGUGCCAUGGGUAGCAAUGAGAGAGAUAAAUACAAGCAUAUCAAAAGCAGGAGAAAUGUAGCUGAAUUAGCACGACACGGAGGGAUAAUGGCCUCUGUCUACAAUCAACGAGUUUCAGAUGACAAUAUGACUCUUGAAUUAUCGUUAGAAAUAAAUCAAAAACUUCAAGCAGUUCUUGAAGAUGCAUUAUUUAAGAACAUUACGCUGAAGGAUAACAUUGACACUCUUGGUGAAGAAAUAGCAAGGUUAACAAUGCAGAAUCAACAAAGGCAAAAUACAAACUAA